GGACUUUUAGAACAAGCCUUUUUUAUGUAUAGCAACAAAAUGUUGCUCCGUUGCAUCAAUUUACAAGAGAGCUGCAUUAUUUUGGCUAGCCCUCAUGACGUCUUUCUUGCAUUUUAUAGUGCAUCACAUGAUUUUUAAGCAAUGCAAGACAAUUAACUGACUAUAAAGUAAUCAUGGUGAAGCCUAUAUAAACUCAAUCAUUAAAUCAUGCUCACUACCUGCAUACCGAAAGGACAGUAGCAUCAACUCAGCAACAAUCUGCAACCAUGAGUGGUGGAACUUGGGGAUAUGAUGCACACAAUGGUCCUGAGCAAUGGCACAAGGGUUAUCCAAUUGCCAACGGGGAUUUCCAGUCACCAAUUGACAUCAAAAGCAACGAUGCAAAAUCUGACGCGUCACUGAAGUCUCUUAGCAUUAACUACAGCCCGGCUGCUAUUAAAUCAAUUGUCAAUGUGGGUCAUUCGUUUCAGGUGCUCUCUGAGGACAAAGAGAACAUAUCAGUGGUAAGAGGUGGACCUCUUCAGGGUACUUAUCGUCUCAACCAGUUCCAUUUCCACUGGGGACCCACCAAUGACUUUGGCUCAGAACACACUGUGAAUGGCAAAGGCUAUGCUGCGGAGUUACACCUGGUGCACUGGAAUUCUGAUAAAUAUGGCAGUUUUGCUGAAGCCCUUAAGAAUGCUGAUGGAUGCACUGUUCUUACAGUAUUCAUUGAGGUUGGCAAAGCCCAUCCAGGCCUGCAGAAAGUUGUUGAUGCACUAGGUCUAAUUCAAACAAAGGACAAACAAGCAACUUUUUCUAAUUUUGAUGCUGCCUCCUUUCUGCCCACAUCGUUGGACUACUGGACCUAUUUUGGCUCCCUGACACAUCCUCCACUGCUUGAGUGUGUAACGUGGGUCAUAUUCAGAGAGCCGAUAAGUGCCAGUGCUGACCAGAUAAACCAAUUCCGGAGCCUUCUGUCUUCAGCUGAUGGAGAAAAACAAUGCCCAGUUGUAAGGAACAAUCGUCCUACGCAGCCAUUAAAAGGCAGAGUGGUCAAAGCUUCUUUUUAAGAAAAGAUGAAUAGGGCCCGGAGCACUACCAAUAGAUUUGUACAUCAUUUUGAGUGUUGGUAGCACAUGCUUACAUUGUUUAUUCUUUGAG